AUGGCUGGAGCCGAAGAAAUCUUGCACAGAAUUGCCAUGAGCUUCGUUCAUUUUCUCAACAUCCUCCUCAUGCUUCUCCAAGAGCUUCUUUACGCGAUUACUCCAUAUUUCCUUUGGCCAUUCAAAGAGCCUGUAACUGGAAAGCUGGUCCUUCUGACUGGCGCCGUUGGUGGAAUUGGUCGUGCCAUGGCCGAGGAGUUUGCAAAACGAGGAGCCAACUUGAUUUUGUGGGAUAUUAAUGAGGAACAGUUGGAGAUUUUUAAGGACAGCUUGAUCAACAAGUACAAUGUCAAAGUUUACACCAAAACGAUUGAUGUGACCAAUGACGAGAUGGUUAUUAAUGCUGUUAAGGAUGUCAGAAACAAUAUUGGAUUGCCGGAUAUUGUUUUUAACAAUGCUGGGAUCUUGGGGUUGUAUGAGGACAAGAUUUAUCCGAUGGAAGUGAUCGAUAAGGUUUAUAAGUUGAACACGAGAGCUGGCAUUUUGGUAGGUACCUCUUUUUGGUCGAAAAAAAAUAAUUGCAUAAAUUUAAACUCAUUUCCGAUAUAUCUUGCCCCAUGAAACCAGCAUUUUCGUAUCUUUUUUUAGAUUGUCCGUCACUUUAUUGAGCCCUUUAUGGAGAGGAAUAGCGGCCAUUUUGUUACUCUUGGAUCUUCAUCCGGAUUCUUUUUUUGGCCCGCGGUCCAACCGUACAUUGCCAGUAAACAUGCCAUAGUUGGAUUUAUGAGCUCCAUCAGAAAUGUUUUCAAAGCCGAGAGAAAAAAUGUGAAGUGCUUGACGGUGAACCCGCAUUUCGUUCAAACUCCAUUGAUGGGCGAUAUCAAAUAUGAGUAAGCGGCGAGCGUUGAUUUCAGAGAUUGCGCAAUAUAAUUAAAAAUUUUUUGCACUGUACAGUCGAAUUUUUAUUUUUCUGUGCACUGUGAAACAUAGUUAUUUUUUUGAAAAUUUUCAAUGUGCAUACGAGGGAGUAGACUAAUCAUCCAAUUUUUUUUCAGAAACUGGUUCCUCCCCAAAUUGUACCCCGGCCCAGUUGCAGAGAAAGUUGUAAAUGCCAUUGAAUGCGGCCGUGCUGAGCUUUUCCUGCCUAAAGGACUUUUCAUUUUGGUUGUGCUGAGAGGGUAGGUCAUUAAAAAUGAUUUGAAAGUCUUGUUGCAAUGCUUGAAGAUUUGCUUGAUUUUCAGAAUUCUCCCAACCGUAGUGAUGGAUUAUAUCCUGGAGAUCGGCAAUUUCCAUGGAAUGUAG